CAUACGCGACGUUUAUUUUGAUUUUGUAUUUUUUUAGUUUAAUAAAUUUUCAGUGGUAUGUGCUGUUGCGGUCAAAAUGGGAAAAAUAAUUCUGUCCCCAAAAAAAUACUUCCGAAGGCGGAUCACAAAGAUAUUGGUGAUGCUAUGGUCGACAAGAUUAGUGUAGAGAUCAAGGAACACUAUCGAGAGCUGGCGCGGUGCGUGACCGCGGUCAACAAGAUGGCGGACACACUCGCCCACCGAAUGGCGUCUUGGCCGCCCGCCCGCUGCGAACACGAGAGGUGCGCGCUGGAAUACUGCUACGAGACACAGGAACAUGUGGAACACUGCUCGAACGUCGUCAAGAAAUACGUGGAUUGUGUGCGAAAUAUACUUUUCAUGAGGAUUAGAUGCAAUUGACACCUGUAAUAUCUACUUAUUUAUGUUUUUUUUUAAUGAAAUAUACAUUUUUGGUCACGU